CUUCACUACAGAGUUGGUCCAGGCUCUUAUUUGCGCAUUGCACCAACACCCGUCCCAUCAUCAGAAAAACCCACUGAUCCAAUUUUAAUGAUGCUUUCAACACAAGAUUCCUUUCCCGGGGUACAGGCUAUAGCCUGAAUGCUGUUUUCGCUUGGGCUGGUAACCUGCUUAUUUUGCAGUGAGGAUGCAUGCUAAACCACUCGAGUGCUGGUAGUCCUUCAGUGCCUUCCCACAAUUCCCUGAAGGACAGGCAAGUUCUCCCACUAUGCAUUGGGACUCAGAGUGAUUCAGCUUGCUGGAUAUGACCCCAGAAGUCCUAGCAAAUGCAGGACACAGUAACUUGGAUAGCACUUUGCAGUGCGACUGUUCCCACCCAUGCUAUUCUGAUCUGGGUGCCCAGACAUGAAUGCGAUGACCUGGAUUAACUCUGUGAUGAAGACUUACCCUGAGAUGUGAAGAACACUGAAGACUGGGCUCAUAAUUCUAUUCAAGCGGUUGCCCAAAAACAUUCCCAUAGGCAUCUACCUAUGCUCAUCUAUCCUUAUUCUUCUCAUACUGGUGGAAGUUACUUUGACUACAAUCAAAUGCAUAGAUCCCAGUUCUGCAAAUACUUACACAAGUGCUUUACACAUGUGAAUUAUCCCAUUGACUUCAGUGGGAAUACUUAUGUGUGUCAAUUUAAGUAUGUGCAUAAGUAUUUGCAGAAUUGAGGCCUAAAGACAUGUCUUCACUGCACGUUGAACAUGGGUAAUUGGUACCUCUGUGAGCUUAGUCCAGGUAUGAAUGUCAUCACUGUUCUUGCACUCAGCCGUGUGUGUCUUGGGAGCUUAUCCCAUAGUUCUUUGUGGUGAGAAACACUAGGAUUGUUUCACAGUCAAUUGCAUCAGUUGUGGGAGAACUUGUCUGUCCUUCAGGGGGAACUGUGAGAAGGGCACAGUAGUGCUAUAAGCACUUGAAUUAUUUUGCCUGCAUCCCCAGUGUGAAGUGGGCAGGUUUCGGCCCAAGGUAAAACCAAAGUUGGGCUCUAACCAGAGGCCAUGUUGAUCUCAGGUUCCGUGAAUUUCUGGGCCUGUUACCCUCGAAACUGAACACUUGUCUUGUGAAUUAUACCAUUAUACCAGUACCAUUAGUUAUGGCUUCCAAUAGAUCUUUAACAAUGCAUGUCCUUAAAGUUGCACUUAAACCAUUAUGUCAGCAGUUCUGAGGCUGACAAGAUUCCAGAGCUUUUAUACUCCCAAACACUUGCACUGAGCCACCUCAGUAGACUUACUUAAAACCAAGGUAACACAGUUUUAGAUCUGAAAUCCCAGGAGAGAUGAAGUGCUGAGAGUGGAAGAAAAGUAUCUCCAAAUUGAAAAUUUCAGUCUAGUUCCUGACUCUUGUGCAUGAGGAACCAUAUACAUCAGAGCCUCUUUUCUUCUUAAAAAUGCAAAUUGACCCAAGUGUUACACCUGGGUAGUACAAGGGACAGAAAUAAAUAAAUGGUGGAAAAGAUGAAGGAAAGACAUGCUGCAACUUCGAGAUCAGGGAUUUUUUUUUAAUUUUAAAAGUACAGGUUCCACCACAUUAUUAUUAUUUCUCAGGCACAGCAUGUCCUAGAGUUCUGUAGGUUUUGGGUUAGAACAGUGGUUUUCAAACUUUUUGAGCUGAGGCCCUCCCCGCCUCUCCCUUUGAGUUACAAUUUUUGGUUGCAUUCCCCCCACCCAGACAAAAAUAGAUACAAUACCUGCCCCUUCCUCUUUGGGUUUUCAGGGUGGGGGAAGGCAGGUAUGAUGCUCUCUGGGGGCGGAGCCUGUGCUGGGUGCAAAGGCUGCUGGGAGCAGAAAUCUGUGUGGACACGGUGGACGUUGACACUCACUGGAUUGGGUGGCUCGCUGAGGUGAGUCAGGAGGUGGAGGUGGUGCUCCUUUUCUGAGCCCCACCAUGUGGGGCAGUGGGUUGCUGCUCUCCCACAAAUGUUCCUUUGUGCCCCCUUCCCCAGUUUCAAAACCUCUGGGUUAGAAGAUGAUGGUAAAAUGUUUCCAGUGGAACUUGGGUCAAAUAUCUGGAAUCUCUGGGUGAAUUUUUAGCCUAACUUUAAUGGGGCCAAGAUUUUACCCCCAUCUUUUCCUUGUCUGCUAUUGAAGAUGGACUUGCAAAUCCCUAGCGUAGUACCUAAAAUGUGAGUCAUGACUCUCUGGGCAAUGUGCAAGUGUUGCUUGUGUGUUGUCUGUUUCCGAGUUCUUAAACGAAAAAUAGAAUUCAGGAGGAUUUCCCAGAUCUCUUUAGCUGGUAGCUUUAGGCUCUCCAGAUUACUCUCCUUAUAGAAGUAUCUAACAAUACUCUGUCUUAGGGAUGUAGUUACAGAAAAAUUCUAGGGAUGAGCAAUACCUCUCACAUUGUUUACAAAACUCUCUUUGCAAAAUGAAAAGUCCUUGUUGGAUGGCUGCAUGGGUGUCCCCUAUUAGGAAUUUCAUAAAACACAUGGUAUUUUGUGUGAUUGGUGCAUUACAAAGGUGAAAAAAAUUGUUCCUCCUAAAAGUACUUUUAUUACAUUUAAUGUGCUCUUUUUCUUUGUGUCCCAAUCCCCAUUUUACCCCGGAUCAGUGCUAAGUGGAGAACCGAGAAGUCCUGAGUACCGAAUAAACUUUACCAACUAAUUCCACUUGAUCAUCUCCCCUGCCUCCCCACCCCAAAUCCCCAUGAACACACCUUUUACGAUUACAAUACAAAUGAACAAGCAAGCUAAUCUGAAAAUAAAUUAUAUGUAUUUGCAUUAUACAAGUGAAAUGGUAGCUACACAAAGCCUGACUAACUGUUGUGCUGUUUGUGUAUAUGCAACUUGUGGGGAGGUGCAGUCCAUCUUUCCAACCAGGGGUUGAGGUGUGGGGGUUUCAUUGCAUUGUACCACUUGUGCAAUGUGCAUGGUGCCAACAAUGAAGUUCCUGUGGCACCUCCCCAUUACACUGUCUGGUAAGGCUUGAGAUUCGAUGCCCAGUGGGUACAGCAGAACUGCUGUAUGGCUGGUUUGCCUGCAGCCCUUCCGGUUUCAAAAAAGACGAAAAGGCCAUUGUACUGGUUUUUGACACCAGUCUGCAUGCUGUCUAGGUACUUAUCUGACCCUGUUGUUGUAGCACUGUUCAUUGUAUUUGAAGUUGGGGUUGUUGAAUACAUUUUGAAUACAGCAAUAUGAUGAUGUAUAUAAUUUGAUGACGGGAUUUAUUGAAAUAAUCUGCACAGUUUGAGAAAAAUCUCGACAGACAUUAAUAUUUUGUGUCUGCUUCUAUUUCUCAGGCAAGUAAAACAAAACUGCUUAAGUAAACAACAGAAGAAACUUCCUGAUGGGAAGGUGUUUUAUACUGUGGAAUUGUUAUGCAAGGGACGUUUAGACUGAAGAAGAAGCUAGAAAACAUACUAUUUAUCCUGCUCUGUUCUAGUUUGGGGUUCUACAUCUUUUUUUGUCCUGCCUUCAAGAUUUUUGCUGAUCCUGCCACCCUUCUUAAACUACACAGAAUAUUCUUGGUGAAUGGUAGGAAAAGCAACCCCUUUCCUGCUCAUUUGUUUCUGCUGGCACACAAGGGGUUAUUUGUCGGGUUUCUCUCACUCACACUGGAGAGGGAGAGCGAGAAAGAAUGGGUGGAGCUCAGGCUUGUAGUGUAACUAGAUAUGAGACCAGCCGUAUAAACUGACAGCUGAAAGAAAUCACAGAUGAAGCCAGCUGCUGACAAUGGCUGGCCCAAAGACUCUCUUAGUGUUGGAGAACUUCAUAAAUGGUAAAUAUGUCCCUUGUUCAUCCUACAUAGACUCCUAUGAUCCAUCCACAGGAGACGUGUAUUGCAGAGUACCAGACAGUGGAAAAGAAGAGGUAGAAGCUGCAGUCACAGCUGCCAGAGAUGCCUUUCUAGGCUGGUCCUCCAAAAGCCCUCAGGAAAGAUCUCAGAUAAUGAACAAGUUAGCAGACCUGAUCGAGCAUGACCUGGAGGCAUUUGCACAAGCAGAAUCAAAAGAUCAAGGAAAAACAAUUACAUUUGCUAGAACAGUGGACAUCCCACGGGCAGCAUACAAUUUCCGGUUCUUUGCAUCUUCUAUCCUUCACCAUACCACAGAAUGCACUCAGAUGGACCACAUGGACUGUAUGCAUUACACCGUGAGAACUCCAGUAGGCAUUGCUGGUUUAAUAAGUCCUUGGAAUUUGCCACUUUACUUGCUGACCUGGAAAAUAGCCCCAGCCAUUGCAUCUGGAAACACUGUCAUUGCCAAGCCCAGUGAGAUGACAUCUGUCACUGCUUGGAUGAUGUGCAAACUUCUGGGUAAAGCAGGAAUCCCUCCAGGGGUGGUGAACAUUGUGUUUGGAACUGGCCCCAAAGCUGGGGAGGCUAUUGUCUCCCAUCCUGACGUGCCACUGAUCUCCUUCACUGGAAGCACGCUCACGGCCCAGCACAUCAGGGAGAGGAGUGCCCCAUACUGCAAAAAGCUCUCACUGGAACUGGGAGGCAAGAACCCUGCAAUCAUCUUUGAGGAUGCUAAUCUGGACCAAUGCAUCCCUACCACUGUGAGAUCCAGCUUUGCAAAUCAGGGUGAAAUCUGUCUUUGCACCAGCAGGAUCUUUGUUCAGAGGAGCAUUUAUAAUGAGUUUUUGAAGAGGUUUGUAGAAGAAGCCAGAAAGUGGAAGGUUGGGAGCCCCUCAGAUCCCACAGCCAGUAUGGGGGCACUGAUAAGUAAAGAGCAUUUAGAAAAGGUAAAGAAUUAUGUGAAGAAGGCUCGAGCUGAAGGAGCUAGAAUUCUCUGUGGAGAAGGAGUGGAUUCUUUGGCUCUUCCAACCAGAAAUCAGAAUGGCUAUUUCAUGCUGCCUACAGUCAUUGCUGAAGUCAAGGAUGAAUCCUGCUGCAUGCAAGAAGAGAUCUUUGGUCCCGUGACAUGUGUUGUACUGUUUGAUACGGAAGAGGAAGUGAUUAAAAGAGCCAAUGGUAUCAAGUAUGGCCUAGCGGCCACGAUAUGGUCAAGCAAUGUGGGGCAUGUUCAUCGUGUGGCGAAGAGACUGCAGGCUGGCCUGGUGUGGACCAACUGCUGGCUAGUCAGGGAACUGAACUUGCCAUUUGGUGGAAUGAAAGCAUCAGGGAUAGGCAGGGAGGGAGCAAAGGAGUCUUAUGAGUUUUUCACUGAGGUCAAAACCAUUACAAUAAAACACUGAAAUUUGUCCAUUAGGUAUUUUAUGGCAAAAUAAACAACCGACAUUUGUGCUUACAAGAGUCUCUGGGAUAUGCCAAGACAUCAUGGCCUGCUUAUAAUUAAUUUUUAUAGAAACCCAUUAGUUUAUAAAUACCAACUAAAGCUAAAGAUGCACAACUGGCCGCAGAGAAAGUAGAUUCUAUAUCAUAUCCAAGCCACAAACCUGAUUCGCAGGGCUCAAGGAGAUCUUGGGGAUUCCAAAGUUAAUUCACCAUUUCUUUCUCAAGCUGUUCCAAUAAAACCUCACAGUAUUACCUCA